AUCAGAAAACAGGGGCAAAUGUCCGACCACGAAGAAGACUACUUCCUCCCGCUCGAAGACCAGCGCGUCUUCGGCGCCGGCAUCCGUCGCAAGCGCGUGCAAUUCGUGCGCUCCUCCAACCCCGACCUCGAGACUACCUCCUCCGCACUCCGCACGGUUUCCGCGCCGUCUACGCCAUCGUCAAACACUACAUCUGCUGGCGCGAGCAUCGCAAACAGGUAUCUCUCGAUUGUGCUGUCGAAGUCUGCGACGCCGACUCCGACCCUUGAUUCUACGGGAAACUCUGUCUCCACCACGAAUACACCCACCACUGAACUAGAACAAUCCCACCCCGCAACAUCCUCACCACGACUGCCCUCGCCCUCCGCCGCCCCCGAACCCAACCCAAAAGACCAAUCCCCAAUCUGCGAAAUCUGCAACCUCCCCCUCACCACCCCCCAACUAUCACUAUCUACAAAUACAAACCCGACACACCCGCACGAAGCCUCCCUCGCGCACCAACUCUGCCUCGCGCACUCACACCCGCCCUCGCAUCUUGACCGCACGCGACACGGCCUCCGCUACCUCUCCGCGUACGGCUGGGACCCCGAUAGCAGGGUUGGUCUGGGUGCACCAGGUCGAGAGGGGAUCCGGGAGCCGGUGAAGGGGAAGCUGAAGGUUGACACGGUGGGGUUGGGGGCUUUACGAUCCGGGGACUCGGAUGAGGAUGAUUCCGAAUCGAAAAGGCGGAAGAGGAAGAGGGGUGCGGAUCGAGUUCCUCCGAGUAAAAUUCACAAGUUGAAUGCAAAGGAGGUCAGGCAGGGGCAUAUGGAUUCUCAGAAGCGAGGGGAGAGGUUGCGGGAGUUGUUUUAUCGGGAUGAGAGGGUUUUGAGGUAUCUUGGGGGUGGUGGGGAGGUUUGAUUAUAGUUAUUGGUG